UGUACUUGCCAUCACACCACUCUCUAUUCUUUCAUCACUCUUUCUCUUCUAUUCAUCUGCUUCUCUCUUUGUCACUUCUUUAGUAAACAUUUAUCUUAAUUUUUCGUCUUAUGGAAAUCUCCGAAGAUUCAGCCGAUCGCACGUUAGUGUUCAAAGGGAAACGUAGUAAGCGACCACGGCAGUUGUCUCUUGUUGGCAUGACUGUGGCGGUCACUUCCACGUCAUCAACCGGCGGCGGCGGUGCUGGUGGUGGAAGUGGUGGCAGUAGUGAUGAUAUUGGUGGUGGAGGAGAAUUUUACUCUUCGUCAAUUCAGUAUUCACCAACUACUUCUUCUACUCAAAUAUCGACUAGUUCAGAGGAAGAUGAGGACAUGGCCAAUUGCUUAAUUCUAUUAGCACAAAGUGGCCGAUGCCAGAAACUACAAGUGGAAAGUAGUGAACGUAAGAUGGUAAAAAUCAGUAGCCGGAAAUUUACAGAAAUGGCCACUUGUACAACUGGAAAAGCUGGGUUCUAUGUCUAUGAGUGCAAAACUUGUAACAGAACUUUCCCAUCUUUUCAAGCACUGGGUGGGCAUAGAACAAGUCAUAAAAAAGCCAAAACCAUAGUAGAAGACAAAAAAUCUACUGCUGAUUCAGAAAAUCAUGAUCAUCGAUAUCAUCAAGACGAAGAAAAGUUGAACAAGAUUAUUACUACGCCAACCCAAAUAGUGAAUAAAGGUCAUUCAAAUGGCAAUUUCAACAGCAAGCCAAAAAUUCACGAGUGUUCAAUUUGUGGGGCAGAAUUCUCAUCAGGACAAGCUUUGGGUGGUCAUAUGAGAAGACAUAGACCACCACCUACGAUUACAGCAACAAACAGUACUAAGAUUACAGAUGAGACAACUUCGGAAUCAUCACAUGAUGAUGAGAAUUCGAAGGAGAAGCCAAGAAUCAUUUUAUCGCUUGAUCUUAACUUGCCGGCGCCGCCCGAAGAUGAUUCAAAGUUUGGUUUUUCAGCCAAUAAGCAAAGUCUUGUCUUCUCCCCUGCGGCUUUGGUGGAUUGCCAUUACUAGUUAAUUAACUCCGCUAGUUAAAGAGGAGAGUUUUUUUUUUCUUUUUUCUCUUUUUACCCCUUUUUUUACCUUUAUUGAUUAUUGAUAUUCAAUUAGUGUGAAUUUGUUACAAAUUUGUCAUUACAAUUUUUAGAAUUAUAGAACCAUUAUUAUUGUU